GCGACCACCCCGACCGCGCUGGGCUGCUGCGGCAGCGAGCACAGUAUAAAACCCAGCCGCCACCGCCCGCCCAGCGCCCACAACCCAGUCGCGCCGCGAGACCCAGAGCCUCCCCUGUCCGUCCCCCCUCCCCGAAUGGAGCAGCCGAACCAAGCUGCUGCUGCGGCGGCGGCGUCGGCAGCGGCCGCGGAGCGGACCAUGGAGUUGUACGACGCCUGCUGGUUCCGCCACCUCGUGCUGCUCCCGCCCCCCUCCACCGCGGCGCCGGAGCGCGAGGCGGACCGCGCGCCGGCGGGGCCGGUUCCCGCGUCGAGCCCCACGGCCGGCGCCGGCGGCGGGCUGCGGCACCGGCGGACGCGGAGCCACGAGGCCACCGCGGCCGCGUUCCAGGGCCUGGAGCCGCUCCUGCUCCCCGCCGACAGCGGCAACCGCGCGCGCCUCGAGACCAUCCUCUCGGGCAAGGACGGCCUCGCCGCGGCCGCGCCGCCGGAGCGGAGGCGGCGGCCCGCCGGGGGCGGGCAGCGGCGGCGGCGGCGCGGGCGGAGCCUGUCGGAGCUGGAGUUCGAGGAGGUCAAGGGCCUGCAGGACCUCGGCUUCACCUUCUCCGACGCCGAGGUGGACGCCGAGCUCGCGUCCAUCGUGCCGGGCCUGCGCCGGAAGCGGUCCGAGGAGGAGAACCGGGCCACCGCGUCGGCUCCCGCAGCGCCGCGGGACGCGCCGUCCUCCUCCUCCUCCGCCCCGCCGGAGGACGCCGCCCAGGCGCCGAGGAGGCCGUACCUCUCGGAGGCGUGGGACGACGACGAGGAGGAAGCGGAGGUCAGGAGGGCGCUGCGGAACUGGCGGAUCCCGCCGCCCGGCGACGGCAACGACCUCAAGGAGCACCUCCGGAUGUGGGCGCACACCGUGGCCUCGGCCGUCCGGUGACGCCCGCCGCCGUGAACGGUGGGUGAAGCCACAUCCCAGGUCUUCCCUUUUUGAUUCAUCCACAGACACCAUUAGUGGUUGCCAAGUUAAUUUGGUGACAAAAUCAAGUGUAAAUGUUUUCUGCGACUUGCUUGUAUGUACAUCAUUUCUUCGGAUUUUGAGCAUCUAUCUAUCUAGUGUGUACUAGUCUAGAAGAUUAGAACCACGAAAGUGGAAUUCUUUUGCAAGAAGCAAAAGGAAAUGAACACGUGAAAAAUUAAAGGUGAAUGAAAGAAGAUGAUUUCAUCUG